GAGAGAAAACUGGUUAAUGAUGAUGAAACCGCGAGCGAGGUACCCAAAAAUGGCAGAGUAGAAUUUCAGUUCUUUUAAGGUCUGGGGUGUGAGCCGUCACAGUCAGUGUGUGUGCGAGGCUAUGUUAACGGCCAUGGGAUGAUAAUGAUAAUGCAGUGGUGGUUCAGAAACUUUUUUCCUUGUGGUUUUUUCUGCUGGAGGAUGACCAAACAUUUUAGGGAUUGAUUUUUUUUACCGUGUAGGUCCUGUCUUUGAAUUGGAUUUUAACCAUAAAAUAGGGGAGGGAGUAUCUAAAUAGGUAGUAGUUGUCUGUUUAUGGAGUAAAUUACCAAAAUUCAUUAGCAAAUGUUUUGUUUGAUAUUAGUGAUUUAGUGUUAUACUGUUAUGUUCUGAACAUAUUUAAAUCAAAUACCAUAGCAUGGUAGAAUGAGUGAUAUAUACAAUUCUCAGGAGAAUUCCUGGUUGAUCAAUUUUCAUGGUUUGUUCUUAUUCGUCUUCAGCAGAGUAACUGAUCAUGAUUCUGAAUGCAUGCACCAUGCCUUCUGGGUGUGUUUUCGUGAGUUCAAGGUCAUCAAAGCCCAUUCCAGGCAGCUCUGCUUUCCCAUCCAUUCCUCGUUUACCUGCUGAGCCACAUCAGGAUUCUAAAUCCUCUCCGGUUAGAGGUCUGCAUCUAUUGCACCUUUCUGCUGCAUCAGCCCCACUAUUGAGUGGGGAUCAUGGUGGUCUGUCAUACCCAAUUCCUUACAUUUCAAAGCAGAUCUAAUCUGGUUCCCCAAGCAUCAAAGGAUUUUUUUAAGGGUUUCAGCUAUCCUCCAAUGAGUAAGAAACCGAGAUGGUGGUGGACUUUGGCAUGCCUCCCCUAUUUAUUGCCUCUCCACCAGUCAUGGAUGUAUGCCGAGACAGCAUAUAAUCUACACCCCUUCUUGGAAGCCUUUGAAUCAUGGACCUCCCCAUUUCUUGAAGCUCUUGGGAGGUUACCAAGAUGGCCCUUUCUGGCAUACUUUGUCGUUGGAUAUCUCUGUGUCGUGAGGAGGCAGGAAUGGCCUCACUUCUUCCGAUUUCAUGUGGUGAUGGAUUUGUUACUGGAGAUUGCCCUGCACGUAACAGGAGCUUUGAACCAGGUGACCCCUGGUGCAGUCUACUGGGGUAACAUUGGGAUGUAGUUCUGGACAAUCUUCCUUUUUGGUUUCCUGUUCACUGUCUUGGAGUGCAUGAGGUUUGCUCUUGUUGGUAUGUAUGCUGAUGUUCCCUACAUUUGUAAAGCAGCAUAUGUCCAAAUUCCAGUUGAGCAUAAUUAGAUGUAAACCAGGAUUUUCUGUUCUUACAUUGAAUGAAGCUUCUUUUUCCGU